AGCCACGUGAUCCGCGCCGGAAGCCCGCUUCUAGUCGCCCCGGCAACAGCUUCUCCCACGGCCCCCCAUCCUCAGUUUCCCAGCGGAAAUAGGUCCUUGUUCGCCUGCCGCCCAGGAUCCACAAGCUACGCUCCCUCGAGUUUGGCUGCUCAUUUGGACUUUCACAAUCAGAGAUGGCAGCAAAGAUGGCAUCGACGCCAGCCCCCGAGGGUUGGGCAUCUCAUCCUGUCUAUGCGAGAUACUGGCAGCAUUACCACCAAGCAAUGGCGUGGAUGCGCAGCCACCAGAACGCCUAUAGGAAGGCGGUGGAGUCGUUCUUCAGUUCCCAGUGGUACUGCCCUCCCGACGGCCAACCCCCGAUGGCUCAGGCGCAGGAGGGCGGGUCCCCUCCGUCCUACGAGCAUCAGUGGGCCUCGUGGGACUCCCACGGCCAUUAUUCCCGCCGUGGUCGGCCCGGGCGGCGGCGUCCACGCGGCAGGGAGGAGCCGGCUUGGGCCGCCGCGGAGGAGGAGGAGGAGAGCGAGUCCGACGGCGGCAUCGAGUGCGACGUGAGCAACAUGGAGAUCACGGAGGAGCUGCGCCAGUACUUCGCGCAGACCGAGAGGCACCGGGAGGAGCGCCGGCGGCAGCAGGAGCUGGACGCGGCCCGCCUGGAGGAGUACGUGAACGCGGACCACGACCUGUACUGCGACACGCGCCGCUCGGUGGAGCCCCCUUCCGAGCGGCCCGGCGAGCGGCGCCAGGCCGAGAUGCAGCGCCUCUACGGGGCCGCCGCCGCCAAGAUCCAGGCCAUGGAGGCGGCCGUGCAGCUGAGCUUCGACAAGCACUGCGACCGAAAGCAGCCCAAGUACUGGCCGGUCAUCCCACUCAAGUUCUGAGCCCAGCCUGGGCGCCGGGGCCCCAGCCAUCACCCCCGCCUUGUGCAUUCACCCCGUCCCCCUCUCCUGUGGGUUUGCUAGGGGAAAGGGGGAACCUGAUGCGGAGAUAGAAUAAGCACUUCACCAGAAUCCCCGUGGGCCCGCCCUGGGGCAGCGGGAGGGGAGCUGCAACAUCAGCCACUUGGAGAUCGACAUGUCCUGUUGCCAACUUGAGGGAUUCCCUUUUGACAUAAAGUGACCUCUUCAUCUGUCUCCCCCUGGUUUUUAAUGUCAGUGAUGUUGUCCAGUUUAUUAAAGUUCUCACUUAGAGUUA